AACACGUAUCUGCGGUUAUUAUAUAAACGGGAGUGUGUAAUCCCCUCAACUGAGUCUUGAUUUAGAACAAGAAGGUACAACACGUCAAAAUGUCAGCUAAUUCUUUUGUUGUAUUGGCAUUCUGUGCAUUGGCUGUUGGUGUAAAUGCGCUAACAGAAGAACAAAAGGCCGAGAUAACGAAAUCAUCAUUGCCUCUAAUAGCGGAAUGCUCCAAAGAGUUCAGCGUGAAUCAGGGCGACAUUGACGCGGCUAAGAAACUUGGUGACCCGAGCGGUUUGAACUCUUGCUUUGUAGGAUGUUUCAUGAAGAAAGCUGGAAUCAUCAACGCAAGUGGUCUUUUCGAUGUAGCCGCUACUAUUGAGAAGAGCAAGAAAUAUCUUACCAGCGAGGAGGACUUGAAAGCCUUCGAGAAACUAACGGAGACGUGCGCUCCAGGUUUGUGGUCUAUUUCUUUUUAAUACGCUUUUAUUAGCUUCAGACGUAUGUAUGUUAUUUUUUUAAACAAUUAUUUAUUUUUCCUACUUAUUCUAGUAACCUCGAGGGGUUAUUCUAAAUUCACCGAACUAUAUAGUAGGUGAGCUCACGGGGCUCAAACCGGGAGUGUUGCUAACUCUGGUCCUAACAAGAGCGGUGCUUCGCAGAAUCUAAGCGUCUACCACCGGAUCGGAAACGCGACCCACUGAGAAGAUCCGGCGAUAAACUCAGUGGGCUGUGUCUGUGCGUUAAACGUGGUCUAAGCUGUAGUUUCUUCCAUAUAUUUAAAAAUCGAAAACAGACUGUUUAUCUGUGAAAUUUUGAUGAUGUGAUUGUAAUUGUGAUGCAAUGAGACAAAUUUCCGUUUGCCCAUUAUACUUUACCGGUGACCGUUGUUUAGCGAUCGUGUUUGCAGCAGACUGCAAGCUGCAACAGCAGUUGUGCUUAAUAAGUGCAGAUAAUGAUUAUUACAUAGACAUUUGAUAAUUUAGCCGGGUGAUUUUAUGUCGGAUAAUAAUAAUACAUUUUCUAUAUUCGCUAUGUGUGAGUUUGCUCUAAAUUAUUAUUAUUAUUUAUCAUGUGCAGAUUUUUUUAGUGCGAUCAAAUAGUACACAAUUAAUUUCUAUUUAUAUUUUGAAUCCCUUCCAUACUUGGGUUAAGUUGGGUUCUUGUCGAUUCUAAAACGUGUUAUUAGUUAUGUUUGUAACCGUGUACCAAUUGAUGUUGAAGAGCAAAUAUACACGUUUUGGUUUGAAAGUUACAAUAGUCCUUAUUCCGAUCUAAAAUAGGUUUAAUUUUCAAAUUCUCAAGGUUGGCUGCUAUGACUGUUUAAAAUUCGUUAGUUCGUUUACACCCAGAUAUGAUUAAAACCAUAUUGAUUAUUUUACAGAAAACGACAAACCAGUCAGUGACAGUGACAAGGGCUGCGAAAGAGCAAAACUUCUCCUCGACUGUUUCGUUGCAAACAAAGGAAGUGUAAGUGAAAUCGUUUUUUUGUCUAAGAAGGAUACAUUCUAGUUGAUGUUGAGCGAUUAUGACUUAGUCACUCUUUACUUGUUUGAAACCUUGGUUAAAAGAAUACACGGAUAGUAGCACUCAGCAAGGAUCUGGAUGAGGAAGCCGAGGAUCGUGCUCAAUGGCUUGCAAUUGGAGAGGCUUAUGUCCAACAGUAGACUGCUAUAAAUUGAUGAUUUAUAUCCGUGUUUUUUGUCCGAGUGUUAUAUAUCCUAGAGAAGAGUUCAGUCCAGAACCGUAGUGAAUCGAAUGAUACAUGAUGAAAUAGUCUCUGGAAUCGGACUCUACACGAGCGUAGUAUUUCCAAGUCAUAUGUAUGAACUCUGCUCUGGUGGUGGGUGGUGCUAAAGUAAAAUGGAGAUGAUGGGACAAUCUCAAACAAUUACUGGAAGCGCUCUGCAAAACUUGAAUGUCUGAGAUUUAUAACUACAUUUAUGUGGACUAUAACAAUACAAUUACUUUACUGGCUGUUUACCGUGCCAUAGAUUUAUUGUGCGGCUUACAAAAACCACAACAAUACUAUAAAUAAGCUUAAAUAAUAUAUAAAUCAGUUUUGUUCAAAGAUAAUAUAGCCUUCUUAGUCAACAACGACUUGUAAAGAUAAUAAAAUAAGAUUUAAUUUGUUGGCAUACUAAACUAACUAACUAAACAAUUAUUUACUGAAAUUGCGGAUUUUUUCAUUGAGAAAUUUCCAUUUGGUACGCUCGUAUGUGAUGUGCGUACGAUGUGCAUUUUAUUGAUGAGAAUUGUUACGGUUUUGAUUUUUUUUAAAGAGUCAAAACUAAGAAGACUAUUUUAGGUAUUUAUCAGUGCCGUACAUUAUCGAAGUUGAUUUGUAUGAUAACCUUGUAUGAUGUUUUGUUUCAGUUCUCGGUCUUCUCACUUUAAAGAACAAAGCCUGUGAUGUUUCAAUAAUUACCUGAUAAUAUCUAAGCAAUCAUUUUUUUAUUGCAUUUGUUGAAUAAAAAUAAAAUUCAGAGUU